CGUCAGACAGAAAAGUCUCCAACAAAGAAUUGUGUUUGAUGCACGGACAGACUUGGACAUGAGGACCUGCUGAACGUGGUGUUGUUGAGUUUUAUUGAAUGUGUGUCUGUGCAUUUGAACACAGACCUGGACACAAUGCCCUUUUGUGACUGUGCUGCUUGUCCUUCAGCUUAAACUGACUCAUUCCACGGACUGGGUGAAUACUUGAUUCUGAUUGGCUGCUGGGUGUGCAUUAAAAAGUGAUAAUCCACAGUGAUAACCGCAUGUCUAAAAAAAGAAGUUCUGGUCACAUAUCUUAAAUGUUCUGUAUCACCGCUACGGCUUCUUUAGAACAACCUUUAUCUUCAUCAUCUGGACAAAAACAAGUGCGGCUGGACUGGGACCAGCGCCUCAGAUGAUGGAUGGUGAGUGGAUGAGUCCGUCUCUUCAGAGUCUCUACGUCAGCCGCGAUUCGUAGCUUUGGAGUGUUUUCCUGCACUAACACAGGUUCUCAGCCUCUCUGGUCGCAAAACCAAGCAGCUGGUUGAGAAAAACGUCCCAGAAAGGUGUCAGGACUGAGUUCAGAGCAAACCGUGUCCUUUCCCCCAGCUCUAUCCCACCACAGGUCCAGGUGACUUCUUCUGACAUGAUGGACACCUCAGGAGUCCUCCUCCUGCUACUGCUUCUCGACCCUCUAACCCUCACUGUCAUAGAUGCAGACCAUCAACCUUCUACCGAGCAGACCUACGCAGCCAUGUCUGAUGACCACGGUGUCCACACAACAUCUGUAGAGUCCAGCCCAGCGACCACGGACCACCCAGACUCCAUCAGCAGCACUGAACCCUAUCGCGGUGACUGCUUGAUUGACACCGAGAUGGGUUUGAUAGCUGUUGGGUCAGCGGGGGGGUUGAUCUUCUGCCUGCUGGUGGCAGUUAUGGUGCUGACAUAUCAGGUCUGCGUCCUUCAGCGCCGUGUUUACGUCCCCCGAACCUCGAGGUCCAACAUGGACCUGGUGAGCUCUGCAGGGUACUGGGCCACAGAUGGAAGAGGGGACGGAGGCAUCGUUGGGCCGUGUGACACCAGCGUCAUACUUGAGGAAGUCCGAGCUGACAGCAGCACUGAGGAAGAGCGGCAGGCGGAUGUACAGGCGGCUGGACACAGCGGAGGCUCCACAACAAAGCCGCUCCUUCCAGAGGAGGAGGCCCUGCUGACGCCCACCUCCAGGGAUUCCUGCUUGGAGAUCCCCCGAGAUUUGGAAGACACCCCCCUCGUUGUUUAACGGGGGAACUUCCUCCUGGGGAGACCUAACCGCCCUUCUGUUCUGAUGCCCCUCUAUGUUAACCUCGCAUACCUCCCUUUCUGUUUCCAGCCGGUUCAUCUCAGAGGAUGGCUGAAGUGGAGCUACACACUAAACCAGUGUGCACACAGAAAUGUAUUCAUCUACUGCGAACAGCAUUCACACACCAGAAAGGCUGGAUAGAAUUGCACAGUUUAGAUCAGCAAAUGUUUGUCUGAGACAGCGAUUAAAUGACAUUUCUGAUGUAAGAUGAGCAAAGACAUGGUUUCAGACCUGGAAAAGUCCUGUUUACUCCUUGUUUACACAAGUUUCAUUUAAAAACCAGAUAAAAAUCCAUGUCUGUCACCACUGACUGAAGGUUUCUGCUGUGAAUAUGACAUCUGCGUGUUUUGAAUUGAUAAAAGAACAAGAAGCACAUUUCAGAAAGUGCAGUUUGAUCAGGAUGCAACAGAAAAACAGUGUUUUGCUUGUUGCACAUUGUUGUUCCAGCACAGCUGAAGUGGCAGAAAACAACAGGGCCCUUAUGAGCCACGGAGCUCCAUUCACAGAGUGUCUUCACUGAUGAGCUGAGAGCCAAAGCCUGCAGGAAAACAGACCUUCAACAAAGAUCCUCUCCUUACCGCUGCCUUUUUUUAACAUCUCUGCUCCUCAUAACCUCACAAAGGGCCUGUUGCACCAUCAGGUUUCAAAUAAAUGCAUUUUUUUUAAAAUGGUAUCUAUGCCUGCUGCUUUGAAUCACCAUCACACACAGUUUUCAUGAUUGAUCUUUAUAAAAUGACAGCAAGCAUGUUUGAAGACGAGAAAUCCAAGCAACCAAAGCUGACUGAAGUAAAAAGCUAGACAUUUCCAAAGGUUUCUUAGAUCCGGCCUGCUAGCGCAGUCGUCACGACCUUAAAAUAAAUCUAAAAGCAGGAGACGGGUUGCUGAAAAAGGUUUGCUUGUGCCACAAAGCAGGGAGCACCGUUACCAGACAAACCCGAAGACGGGAUUCUCCAGCCAAAUGUUUCUACAUGCAGAUCAGGAAGGUUCGUUUCCACGUCCUCGUUUCACAGGCUGGAAAUCUGCACCUUUAAAGCGGCGCUGGGACUUGGUUCGAGAUCUCUCGACGGCCACUAAGGUUGUGAAAUAAUCUUAAUCCCAAAGCAACGUUAAAUAACCUGAACGGCUCACGGCCUUUGGGCUGUGGAGGUUCUUCCUAAAGUGCUACACUUUGAUACUUCAUCUGACACUAAUUGUGAAAUCCAGUCUGCACACGCAUGACCUCUACUUCUUUUUACAGUUCAUAGUUUUAAAUUUAAUGAAUAAAUUCAGCAUUUUUAAGGCUUAUUAUUAAUGUAUCAAAAAACAAAUGUAAGUUACGUUGAGAUUCUUAUAAGUUUCUUUUUGUCUCUGAUGGCUACUUUUUUAUUUUACAUGAUCUAUGUAUAAAAAAUAAAUUUAAAUAGAUUGCAAUCCUUCAUUUUAACAGCUGUUUAUGCAUGGCUUAAUGAUAACAGAAACAGGUCUCAAACACAUUCCCUCCACCACACGGAUCCCCUUUUGCCAACAUUUGGACGUUUCAUCAAUGGUCCAAGCUGGUGGCUGAAUCUUUUCACCAUUUCAACCCCAAGAAUAAAUCAGAGGUCCAAAUUAAAUGGCAACAUCAGCACUGUUUUGUGUUUGUACUGAUGUUUGAGUGUGUGGUUGUGCACAAAUAUCCUCCCCUCUUUAAAGAGAAAAAAGCAAAUAAAACUAGCCUCAAAUACCAAAAAGGUGAAUGCAAUUAUCUCCUCUUUCAGCCAAAGACAACGCACCCUCUUCUGUGUUUGGACAGACUAUACAUGGAGCAAAGAUGUGUCGACCAGUCUGGAUCAGUUGAGUCAUUGACUUCACAGAUUUGACUUCCUGUGAAUAAGACGAGAGGCGGUUUCUGCGGCACUUCCUGCUUUCACUCCUUUGAGAGGAGAACUGCAGCAAACACACCCUGGAAGGUGGCAGCGCGACCACUCAGCCCUGGACCGCUACCACAACAACUAAAAAAAAAAAAAGCUGAAGGACAGAAGAGGAUGAAGACGUUGGAUUUCAACAGCCUGGUCUUCGUGUGGCUACUGCCUCUGGCAGCUAGCGAUGCUCUGACAACUGGUUGGCACAACAUGGUCACUGACUACUCAACCAAUCAGAGCCAGCCGACCACCCACACGCCAGUCUCACUGACCCCCACAAACCCACUGGAGAAGAAAAGCCCUCCUUCACUGCAAUCAGUGACAACCCCAGAGAGCACGAGACCCUCGGCCCCAGAGAGCUCCACGAGCCAAGAGUCCAGUGGCUCACUGAAGCCUGAGAUAGCAUCCACAGCAGCACCUUCAAGCAGCCAACCUCCAACUGCCCCACCAAUGCAGAGCACGUCCACCAACACCCAAGACGCAGAGACGUCCCCCACCUCUCAGAUCAGCACCUCUAACACGACCUCCUCACUGACGCCCCCAUCAGAGAUUUUCACCUCCCAUCUAACCACAUCAGUCAAGACAGAAGACAGCAAUUCUACAAGUACACAAGCAACUGCGAGUACUAAGACGCUACUGCCCUACAGAACUUCCACUUUCAGAUCAACCAGUCAAACCACCAAGAGGGCUAAACUACAAGAAAAGAAGGAGUCCAACUCUGGCCAAAUCGUAGCAGGGUUGAUCGGUGGGGCUCUGGCUCUGAUGAUGGCGGGCUUCUUGGCCAUCUAUAUCACGAAACGGAGGAUUCAGAAGCAGCAGAUCAUGGUGACAGACUGGGCUGGCCCUUCACCUUUUCUACAGGAUGAAGGAGAUGGUGGCCAGGUCACACAAAGGCCAGCCAACCGCAUUUCCAUCGCCAGCUUUCUGCCUCACAGACUGUCCAAAAGACUGUCCCUGCUUCAUGACAUGGACCAGGAGUUGAAGGACAUGGCUCCCGCCGUCACAUUUGGUCAUGAAAUGCAAGUAAAAGAUGCAAAAGACAGCAAUAGCUUAUCUGCUUCAGACGCUAAAAGCCUGAGUGAAGCUGGAGCGCCUACAGAAAGCCCAUCAUCUGUUGUCUCUUCAAAAGCCGACAAAGCUGCACCUGAAGAUCAGGCGGACGACCCUGCUACCUCUGCAAACGCUUGAUCAGAAAAAAAAAACAGACUGAAAAUGGAUGGGAACACCUCGUGGCACCAGAACCGAGUGAAUAAAUGCCCAUGUCGUCGUCGUGCUUCUCUGCUUCUCGCUGCCAGAAAACAGGAAGUGGACUCGUGGUUUUAAUGAAGAAAUGGUGAUGAGACAUUGUGACAUUUCCCCUGGAGUCAACGGAUACCAUUUACAGGCAGAGCUAAUAUAUUCUAAACGUGCUUUCUUCAGACCGGCACUUCCAUACAGCUGCAGUUCAAGGGAAGCUAAAGCUCACGGCUUCAUGCAGAAACUGCAGACUCCAAGGACUUUUUGAAUGUUUGUUAAUGUAUUUUUGGAUGGGAAUCAGAGCUUGGUUUCAGGUUCAUUUGGGUAAUUUCAAUAGAAAAAACCUCCGGAUCCAAGGGCACGUGUCUUUAUUCAUUUAAGGUACCAGUUGUGGUUAAACCUAAAGCUUUAGGGUAGGUUUAUGUUUGCCUGACAUUGAACCUGCAAUGGUUAAAGAGGGUAGCUCUGCUGCAGGAUGUGAGGUUAACCACACGUGGCUCCCAGGGGCCACAGACAAAUGAAGAACUUUACAAAGCUGCAAUUUCAAUAUUCUGUGCCUCAGAAAAAGUACAACGGUCUCUGUGAAAACGGUCAUUUAACCCUUGUCACGUGGUUUACUACAGAACUGUUCAAAAGUCUUAAGCGUGUCUCUGUUUAAACAUCCCGUUGAAGUUUCUUGUAAUCCCUAAAAGAUUAUCAGUUCUGCAGGUUUCUUUCAAAGUUGAUCACAGAUUUUUUUCACUCUUUUAGGCUGAGCAUCUUCAGAAAGACUUAAGUCUCUUAGCUUAAUGCUUCACGUGAAACAAGCAGACUAACAAAAGGGUCAAAACCUUGUUCUUGAGGAGAACUGAACCCAGUCUCAAAGGCUCUUUGGUGAGCCAGCUCUGAAACUGUAAUCGUCUGGCAGCCAUAGGUCCUGAACUAAUCAGAUCAAUAAAAAUGUAAAAUAUGACCAGAAAGUCUAAAUGUUUCAAUGACAACUACAAUAACUAUUUGAAUGUGCUAAACUGUGACUGUGGCAGCAGCACUCUUCUCUGUGCUCAUCGGUCAUGGUGUCAGCGGUCCUUCACAGAGACUCAAACCUCUACGGUUGGAAGACUGGCUCACCUGUCUGCUGGUGGUCAGAGUGGGUUGCCAUACGUGCAGAGAUGGCCUGAACCAAAGCAUGCAUGCAUCUCACUUCCUGUUUUCACCUCGAGACCUUUUAUUACCACUGUAAUAAAAGAGUCCUACUUUCUGAUCUGCAUACAUGUGCAGAAAGGAUUCUGUUAGUGCAGCUCGCACCAUCUUUCAGCAGGACGGAGGAUGUUUCUCCCAUUUGUUUUAGCACAUACGGUCAAGCUGUACAAGAAGGAAACCGCCAAAACAAAGCUUGGUUUUAUCACACUAUGUAUCCGUCAUCCUUCACAGAAAAAGGAAGAAACAUGAAACACUUAGGAGUUUACGCUCAAUUUUAACCAAUCAGACUAAUCUUUGAUCAUUUAAUAUUUUCUGAGGUAAAACGAGUAGUAGCAGUCUUCCUCAGUUGUUUUUAUGAAUGUCUAUCGUACGGGGCAGUUGUGAUGGGUAGAGCGGUCGACCUCUGAACGGAGAAUACAGGUUCGGUUCCCGCCUUGCCCGCCCGGUGUUGAAGUGUGACACUGAGCCCCACGUUGCUCCUGGUGGUUACGGGUUGGCGCCAGUGUACAGUGCUUUGGGUCUUAAAGGAAUGUAGUAACGUGCUACGUAAGUAUACGCCAUUGGUUAGCCCGAUCCAGGGGGCUCAUAGUUAUUCUCUGAGAAAGUCGUGAGCUCCUCUUCCAGCAUCUGUCCAGACUGAAUUCUUCCAGCAGUUCUCCUCGUCUUUGGGCAGUGACAAAGGUGCACAUCUGAUUUAAAAGCAUCAUGUUCCUGUUCCCAACAUGAUUUGGUUCUGCUGUCAGAUCGCCACCAAACACCUCUGUUAUUUACAGACAGAAACUGACUUUUUCAUGGGAACAUCUACAUUUGCAUUACAAUGUGCUUUAAUCCAGGGUUGUGUGUUCUAGGAAGGGAAAGCUGCUUGUGCUGCAUACACACACUAACAGAAAACGCACACACACGCAGCUCAGAUCCUGCUUGCCUCAUCAGAAGCUGCUCUCUGCUGCAAUGCUCUCUCUCUCUGUUCAUUCUGCCUCCCUUCACUGGGAGCUCCAUCAGAAGCCUGCAGACCAGCAGCUGGUGGGGAGCAUGCUCACACUCUCAACCGGACCACCAGACACCAGGAGAUGCAGCGGCAGGGAGGAGGCGACCGCGGAGCACAGGGACGAACACAAACUCAGAUCAGAAUAAGUCUCCCUGCAGAGCCAGGACCAUGCCUGUGAGUCCAGCCCCUCUGCUUGUCCUGCUGCUCUGUGACUUUCUGGGAUGUGGGGUGCUGUCCGUCUGUCCAUCGGUGUGCUCCUGCAGCAGCGGUCACCGAGUCGUGGACUGCUCCUCCAGAGGCUUAACUAAGCUCCCGCCUGGUCUGCAGCACAACAUUCACUUCCUCAAUCUGUCCUUCAACAGCAUGCAGAGCCUGGACAGCCAUCUAAGCCGCUACGGGCACCUACGAACCCUGGAUCUGUCCUUCAACCGGCUGGUGCGCCUACCGUCUGCCUUACCGCGGUCCCUUUGGGAUGUCAGAGCAGUGGGGAACCACCUGCACUCGCUGGACAAGAAUGACACGGCGUACCACUGGAACCUGAGAGAGCUGGAUUUGUCUGACAAUGAGUUGGAGAGAGUGGUCUUCAUCAACAACACCCUACUGAACCUCAGAGGUCUGAACCUGAGUCACAACAGGUUUUGGACUGUGCCCACUAAUAUGCCACACAACCUGGAGGUGAUUGAUCUGUCCCAUAAUUAUAUGGUAAAGAUCCUCCCAGGAUCACUGGACAGGCUCCCCCGGUUGCUCCGCCUCUACAUGCAUGCUAACCGCUUCUCCUGGUUGCCUAAGGGCAUUUUUGACAAGCUGAACAGGCUGGAGAUCAUAACGCUUGGAGAUAACCCCUGGGCAUGUGAAGAAGAAGAAAACAUCACGGGACUGCUCAGAUGGUCGGAGGAAACGCGAACGACCGUCUUUGGUUGCCCCUGUUAUACCACAGCAAUCUGUGGACGGACCCGCCUGGUACCAACAGGGAGGGAGCAUUCCUCUGCUUUGCUGACAGAACCUCCACUUUGGGUUGGUAGGGCUGAUGGGGGGUACGGUCAAUCCCCAGCAAGGACUGCAGCCGUCACUUCAAAGUACCAGGCUAGACCUGCCCUGCAUGACACUGCCAUCUACCGGGACAAGGGGGGGGAGGCGACAGAGCCUGUCGACUGGGAAUUGCUGCUUUGGACCUCGUCUCCAGGUUCCCACAGUCCAACUCCCCACACAAGCACAACUGCUCGCCUGCAGGCUUCCAGACAACCCAAGAUGGAUAGCUCCCAGAGCGACGGCUGUGCGGUCCAGACCCACACCGUUGUGCUAACGGCUGCUUUUAUAACCACUUUCACCGUCUUCUGAGCCCCCCCAAAGCUGCAUGGCUGCACUGUACUUACCACUGAUGAUGCUUCUAAAGUCUGGCUGCAUGUUCAGAACCACAAAUGCUGUACACACAUAGAGAGGUGGGGGUGGGGAGGUGAGAAAGGUGCUGAACUGGGACCCCUGGAAAACCUGGACUCGGCAGAAACGGUAGGAUUUUGCGUUUAUUUCCCACUCCGGCAGGACAGUAGAUGAGCAGUAGAAUAACGUUUGACUGAUUAGUAGAGCACAUGGCUUCACUGUGGGCGUCAACAGCUUUGGCCGUUAAUGACUUCAGCAAAGACAAAGACAGUAAACAAAGGACUAUAUCCAGAGAUGAUUUUCUACCAAAUGUACAUCAAAGCUGUGGUCACAUCGCCGCCCUCCUCUGCACCACUAGAUCCGGUCACCCGACGGAGAGGCGCCAUAAACUGAGACUGAAUGGGCGUGCUGCUUGGAUGCCCUUUGACAUUGUAAAGGAAAAUGCUUCCGGUUCAAAGAAAACUGUAACCGUGAACCCCACAGAGCUGAUGAAAGGCCCACAGCUUACACGGGAGGCAGGUAUGGCUGAUGUCCAUUCAGACUUUCAAAAGGCCCAAGAUUCAAUCGUUCUGUUUGACCACCUGCUUCAGUAUGACAGAAGAAGUCCUUCAGUCUCUGAGACCAGAAUCUUUGGGCUCUGCAGACCGAACUCCACAGAGGAGUGACAGAAGACCUCUGAGUUGUUGUGCUGCCGGUCUGUAUGGAGGAACUUUACUGCCUUAAGAGGGAGGAUGGUUCAGACUUGACUGUGUAAUUUUAAUUCUUACCUGACUCAGACUGUUCACAAAGUAAAAGUCAAUAAACAUAUUGAUGCUGAAUGCUUGUAAAGGGUGUAGACAUGACUUCCAGGACAAUCACAGACAUUUUUCUGGUAAAACAAAAACAUGCAGAGUUCAUUUACACCCAAAAUAGUUUAAUCCUCAUCACGCAAAACUUCAGGAUUCCGACAGAGUCCUAGGCUUAAUGCAGGCACAGACAGGAAGGAGCCUCGAGUCCUGAACCAUGGGAGGAUGUUUGACGCACACAAACGUGGACAAAAGCAAGCAGUUCAACAAACCUGGCUGGGUCUGAGCUGAGCUCUUAUAGAGAACCCUCAAGCCCAUUUUUAAAGCUGGAGAUUUCAUCCGACGGCUAAUCAGGUGGACGAUGAUCUGUGCAAAGCAUUAAAAACUACCUGAGAA